ACUGUUCUGAUGGCGUCGUCGUCUGGAUUCUCGAAAUUUGAUUCUGGAGAAAUGUGCAGAAGUUAGGCUAGAAUUUAUACUUUUAUAACAUUUUUUCGGUGAAUAAUUUAUUUGUACAGUGAUUAUUUCCAUUUACAAGUAGCCUUGUAAGCUUCAUUCGCUGGACUCGUCACAGUAACCGAAGUAUUUGAGGAAUACGAAUGGUGAGGGAUAGGAAUGGUGAUAGGAGUAAUUUUUAUCUAUUGUUUUUAUUGUUACAUGCAGUAAUGUUAUAUAAGUGAAUUUACAUGCGUUGUCAGUCAUAAAACGAUUCCAUUAAAGUGUUAUCAAGCUUAUUGAAGAACCCAUCAUGAAGACGAAACGAAGCAGAUGUUUCCUAGACAUAGAAAUCGCCGACAUGACAAUCGGUAGAAUUAUCGUCGAAUUAUACACCGAUAUAUGUCCCAAGACUUGCGAAAAUUUUCGAGCUCUAUGCACGGGUGAAAAAGGACUCGGUGCAACGACCAAGAAACCGCUCCAUUACAAAGGAUCUAUUUUCCAUCGAGUCGUCAAAGAUUUCAUGAUACAAGGAGGUGACUUCUCAGCCGGAAAUGGUACCGGAGGCGAAUCUAUCUACGGUGGAACUUUCAACGAUGAAAAUUUCGAAUUGAAGCACGAUAUUGCAUUCGCUCUUUCUAUGGCUAAUCGGGGACCAAAUACAAACGGAUCGCAGUUCUUUAUAACUACUCAGCCAAUGCCACAUUUGGACGGGGUUCAUGUUGUAUUCGGAAAAGUUGUAGAUGGCAUCGACGUUGUUCAAAAUAUUGAAUCUAUUCCAGUUACUGAACUAUCCAGGCCUGUUCAAGACGUGAAAAUAUCAAAUUGCGGCGAACUAGUAUUAAAAUCUAAACAUAAAGAUAAACGUCGCGAAAGAAGUGAUUCAUCUGGUAGCGAAAAGAAACGUAAAAAAGAAUCGAAACACAAACGUAAAAGUGAGAAGAAAAGCUCAAAGAAAUCUAAAAAGCAUAAACACGAGAAACACUCUGGAAAUGAAGAAGAAUCUAAAUCAAAAGUUAACAAUUCUAUAGCAGAUGUUCAUCCUUUGGUGAGUGUUACUCAAAUAGAUCCCGAAGAAAUUCCUAAAGAUCCAGAAAACAGGUUCUUGAAUCGUUUUCGCGAAGAAAAGGAUAAAGAAAACGAGUCUAAAAACAAAGAAAACGAAUCUAAAAAUAGAGAAAAUGAAUCUAAUGCUGUUGAAAUUAAAAAAGAGAAUGAAAACGACGAAGAAAAAAAUAAUCAUCGUCGAAGACCUAGAAUACGUGGGUAUACUAGAUCAGGCAGGGUGAUCAAAGGACGUGGAGCUUUGAGAUAUCGAACUCCUUCGAGAAGUCGAUCAAGAAGUAGAACUCCGAUUCAUUGGCGACAAGAAGAGCGAAGAAUAAUCAAAUAUAGCGAAUACGAACGACGCGAAGUGGAACGAUUAGAAAGAGAGGCAGAAAUUAAACGAAGAGAAGAAGCUAGAAAAAUACGACACGAAGAACGCGAAAGACUGUUGGAAAUCGAAGAAAAAGAAAGAUUAGCACGAAGAGAAGCCCGACAAAAAAAGAACGCCGAAGAAAGAAAACGAUCGGCGGAGAGAGAAGGUGAAAGAAGAAAUUCCAAUUCCGAACACACCGAACGAGAUCGAAGACGAUCCGUAGAAAGCAAUAAAAAUAAAUCUGACUCGAGAAAUGCUCCUGUUCACGAAGAUAGAUCUAGAGAACGAGAAGAAUCCAGAAAAACGGAGAAUAACAAAAAUUCCUUGAACGAAAUUUCUACUUAUUCCUAUCACGUCGAAUCAAAAUGGGAAGAAUAUGAUAAGAAAAAUAAAGAAGACGUUGCCAAAAAUAGUAAAAAUGCAGACAGCGAAAGCAAUAAACACGAUUCUAACGAACCUGAUCGUAAUCGCGCUCACCACGAUGACAAGCCAAGAAGCAAAGACAGAGGAAAAGACGAAGACGACAGAAAGUAUAAAAAUUCCGACUCUUCCAAACGAAAACAUAAUAAAGAAAGGUCGGAAAAACGGAAAAAAGAUUCUCGCGCUCAUUCCUCCGACUCGGUCGAUAGCGAAUCCGACAGCACUAGUUCGUUAUCGUCUUCGAAAUCGUCUUCAAAAAAGAAACCAGCGCCUCCGAUCGAGGAAGAUACUAAAAAAGAAGACCCUUCAUUCCAGAAAAGCGAUAACAAACGUAGGAAUUCUCGCAGUUCUAGCGUAGACGAGCAUAAAAAAUACCGAGAUUCGCGUAGAGACCGAAGCAGUCCGCGCAAAUCGUAUCGAAGUCGAGAUAGAUAUAACGAUAAAAGACACAGAGACGAUAGACGAAAACGUAGAUCUUCAUCCCGUAGCAGAUCCAGAGGUCGUACGUACAGAAAGAAAUACGAUGAUAGACGAGAUCGUUCUAGGGAUCGUAAUAAAAGGAAGUAUUCGUCUUCUUCGGAUUCCGAUGCUUCGAAAAGAAAGCAUUCUAAAGACGAUAGAGGUGAGAGAAAACAAAGCCGGGAUAGUAGCCGUGAUAAACCUAAAUUAAAAGAAAAAUUUCAAAGCCUAGAGAAAGCUCGAACUGCUAGAAUUCGUACCAAUUCGUCCGCAUCUGAGAGUGAUUAAUAAUGUUGUACGAUUUUUUUUUAAGACUAUUUAUCUAAAUACGCUGGUGAUCGGUAUUUUUAAUUUAUCGAUCAAUAUCGUAAUCAUGGUACAAUAUGUUUAUAAUUUGAAUAAAGUUCAAUUUUGUGUGUUAA